UUUAUAAAUACACUACUUAGUGUACGUUGGUGAGGAGCGAGCAAUACGAUGGAGGAGGAGUCGUCGACGUCUCUUCUGGACCUCCGCAUCGAAGAGUGCCCUUCUUCGCUACUCUCUCGGACGAAGUCCCAUCGGCCGGCGGCAGACAAACCUCCUCCCAUGUCCUCCACUCGUGGCAGCACCGCCGCCACAUUAAAACUACCCGUGAAGUCAUCUCCGUCGAAAACCAGUACCUCCCGCAACGUCCUGGACGAAAAGGGUCGUCUCAUGCUACAAGUGCUGCAAGACUAUGGCCCAUAUACCCCGCAGAAGGACUACAGCUGUCGGUCCCUUCCAAAGCCCCGGCAAGACGACUUUAUCCUCCGUCAUAACGCCCAAAACAUCCACGACUUCAAAAAGGAAUACUCCAAGCGGUUUGGUACACUAAACCGCCGGCCACCGCAGUUUCACGCGCAUCAGUACCGCGUGGCCGUAGCCACGCACCACGAGUCCCUCUGGAAGGAAACCGACGAAAAGGCAGUAUGGACGCUCACAGAUCGAGGCCACCAUACCCUUGUCCAGGGCAACUCGACGUCGAUGCCCCGAGCUACGAUCACAUUGCCCGCCCUUUCCCAGCGCAAACUUGUGAGUCCGUUCAAAGACAAGGCGGCGGUGGGCCAUCAUGUCGACCUGUUUGAAGACACGUCGUACGCAGCACUUGUUCGGCAGCAGCUGUACUCGCCAAGACCCGUGGCCACACACUCAUUUGCCAAGGCUAGGAUCCCCAAGUACGCCGUUGCUCAGCAACUCACACGGCGCCCCAGCACAUCCGACGGCCUCACGCUGUUGGCAUCUCCGCCCCACUCGCCCCAAUCACGACCGUACUCGUCCGACUACAAACAUACGCUGCAUUGGCCAUACUCGCCGUCAAGUACCCCCAAACAACCCCCCAAGUCCCCGUCGGUUCAAAAUACUUUUCCUACGUCGGUGGUUGAAAUCGAACCAAGUAUUGUCAACUUUCAUAUGGUCACUGCCAACCACACGUACCACUUUCCUGUCAAAGUACACAACCUCGGCACCAAGCAAGAACGAUUUCGUAUUCGAGCACUUCGUGUUAACAGUGGAGGCGUGGACUGUCCCUAUGCUGUGGCCCAGUACGACAAGGAAAAGGCCAAGGUAGCCCCAGGCCUCCGAGCCACGGUCACCCUCGUCGUCACUUUUACCACCCCAGGGGCGAUUCAAGGCGUGCUGGAAGUGGAAACCCCCAGCGGCAAAGGAGGCGUCGCUCUCAUCGGCACAGUGGCUGCCACUUAACGCACUUCUUAACCUCAAAGUUGUCCUUAUCAACUUUUACCAAGCAUUAUUGCUUACAAA